AUGCUCAGGUAAGAUUAUGGUAAGUUUGUGCUGUUUGCCAAGAAGUGAGGUGAUAUGAUGAGUGUGUGUGUGUGUGUUGACUGUGUUCUCCUCUUCCUCCCCCAGGCUCCGUGCACUAUCCAGUGGGGGGAGUGUGACGUCCCCCCCUCCUUCCCCCGCCAUGCCAAAGUACAAGCUGGCCGAGUAUCGCUACGGCCGGGAGGAGAUGUUAGCACUUUAUAUCAAAGAGAACAAGGUGAGGAGGGGGAAGCCACACCGUGCUCAGUCUUAUGAAAGACCAAGAAGUCUCAUCUCUACUACUACUACUACACCACUACUACCACUACUACACCACUAAUACACCACCACUACUACUACCACUACCACUAAUACACCACCACUACUACUACCACUACUACACCACUACUACUACUACACCACGACCACUACUACUACCACUACCACCUAUGCAUUUUAGUCCAGGAGUAGGCUAAAUCUGGGUCUGUGCAACCUGCCCUAAUUUUGUAAGCUGGCCUGUUGUGACUUGCCAAUGUGAGAGGCUAUGCUAUAAUUGUGUAGUUGAGUAUUGGAUCAUUCCAAUCCUAUAGGAAGUAGUGUUUGUUUACAUUGUGUUGUUGUGUCCAGGCCCCAGAGGACAUGCAGGAUAAGGAGUUUGCUGCUAUUCUGCAAGAUGAGCCCAUGCAGCCGCUGGCACUGGAGCCUCUCACUGAGGAGGAGCAGGUCGGUCACACACACACACACACACACACACACACACACACACACACACACACACACACACACACACACACACACACACAUACACUUGUUCCCACCCAACUGACAUUCUGUACAUUCCUCCAUUCUCUUCUACCAGAGAAACUUCUCCAUGUCUGUGAACAGCGUGGCUGUGAUGAGGCUCAUGGGUAAAGGAGGUGGAGUCGCCCCAGCGGGCGUGGCCCGAGGCAGAGGCGCCACACGAGGAGGAGGCCGAGGUGAGAAACACAAGUGUUGUUGCCCUCUAGACACUAAUCUAUGAUCAGAUUUGUUUUUCCCCACAAAUGGUUAACUUUAGGAUUUAGGCAGGGUAAGUUGAUCCCAGAUCUGUGCCUAUGGGUACAUUCUAACCAAAUGAAAGGAGCACUGAGCUCAAGCCAGAACAACUCCACGAAAGGAAAACAGUUUAUUUAAGCCAGGCUUGCUUUUAUGUGUUUUGCUUUUGCGAUCACAUCUGACGUCUGUGAUUCCUCUUGGCCCUGUCUAAAUAGUCCCUGUCUUACUGCCUUACUUAUGUGCUCACCUUGUUAAACUCACAGUACUGAUGUACUCCCCUUGCUUACACAGCGGUGUGUGCAUAUGAAUCUCAAGUGUGUCCGGUCUGGUACAGUGAAGGAAAUGGCAGUUGGAGUGUUUGAGUGUGAUUUUGAUCGUGUCUCUGUGUGUUCUUGUUCCAGGGCGAGGCCGAGGAGAGAGUGGAGGAUUCUACCAAAGAAGUAUUGAGGAGGGAGAGGUGGGCUUCGGCCGCGGAGCCAGAGAAAUCUAUCGCAGCCAGAGCUGGGAUGACAGGUAAACACUCACUGCCUCUGUUACUACCCUGUCUCUCUCUACUGUUUCACUCAUUCCCCAUUUGCCUUAAAAUCUGAAAUGAUGCGUCAUUUUAGGAUGUGAAUGAGAAGCUUAUUGGUUACUAAGUAACUGGAAGAGCAAUUAGAUGAGAUGUAAUUGAAAUUGUUGAAGGUGCCCUUCAUCCAACUGACUCAUCUUUCAGAAAUGAUCCUCCCCACUCAGAGAAAGGUAAGGCUUGAAAUGUAAGAGGAACUUCUGAGUAUUUUCCAAGUUUCCCCCUCUCUCUCCUCCCCCAGGGGCGAGAGGCGUUUUGAGAAGCCUGCGCGUGCCAGGGAGGGUGUACGUGUUGGAUUAGAGGAGGUGACGGGUGUCCCUGUGCCGGGGGUGCCGAGGAAGGACUACACACGGUCCGACAGUGAGAACUGGCGUACCCUCCGAGAGGAGCAGGAGGAAGAGGAGGGGGCCGACCCAGGAGGCAGCUGGAGACUGGCCGGAGCACGUAGAUUAGAUGGUAGCACACACAAACACACACACUCACACAUACACUAUUCUGGAGACAUACAUGCACAGAGUGAUGUCAGCUUAUUUGUCAUGUCACUUUAGCUGGAGGAGAAACUGUACAUGUUGUAUGAAUCGCUCAUGGAAUUCUCUCUUUCCCUCCCAUCUCUCUCUCUUUCAGACGGAGGUCCAAGGUCAGCAGGCUGGCGGGAGCAUGACGGUCCGGUUGAGGGGCGUCGCAGGAAGUUUGAGUUUGACUUCGGCGGAGGUCGCAAGCGGGCUGGGAGCGAGGGGUUAGAGGACGACAGAGACGGACUGCCUGAGUGGUGCACUGAUGAAGAGGAAGGAGAGAUGGGCACCUUUGACGCAUCCGGAGCCUUCCUCCCCCUAUCCAAGGUAGGGUGUUGGUGUGUGUUAGUGUGCAUGCGUGGAGGUUGUCAACAAAUGUGCACGUCUUUCUGUGUCUAGUUAUUCUGUGAAUUCAGUUGGUGGGUGACAGUAAUAAAUAUUCAGCUAAUCAUAACUCUCUCUCCUCUCUCUCUCUCUCUGUCAAAGGAUGGGAAGGAUGAGGAGUUUGACUUCCAGGGGAUUGAGGAGGAGGAGGAAGAGGGGGAGAGCCUGUCUGACAUGGAGAGGAUCAUGAAUGGAGGACAGAGAGGUGAGGGAGCUGAACUCUUUCUUAUCUUUAUUUACCUUUAGUUUCUUUACAGUUGAUAUCUUUAUCUCAGUCAACUCAUGGUAUCUCAAGGUUUAUAAGUGUUUUCCAUCUCAAUCUCUAUUCUUAUUCAAAAGAAUAAAAAACAAACAUGUUCUAUUUACUGGCCUUUUCUUUCCUCAUCUCCUCAUCCUCUUUCCUCAUCUCCUCAUCCUCUUUCCUCAUCUCCUCAUCCUCUUUCCUUAUCUCCUCAUCCUCUUUCCUCUCUAGUUGACGUAAAGGAAUCAGCCAGUGAUGGGGAGGUGAAGAACAGAACCAGUCCCCCCUCCUCCUCUCCCCCUGCCCCUCCAGCCCUGGGCCUCAACCCCCCCAUGCCCCAGCUCUCCCUCACCGUGGCUGAGCUGGAGGCCUCUCAGAUGGCCAACAGCCACCCUCUUCCUGUUCCUCUCCCUCUUCCUGUUCCUCUCCCUCUUCCUGCUCCUCUCCCUGUUCCUGUCCCUGCCAAGGCCAGCAAGAUGCCAAGUGAAGGUACUAGUGUUCUGUGUGUACUCUUUCUUUCUCUCUUUAAUGAACUUUAAAUGAUUGAAUUUCACAGAGCAUGUGAAAAAGAAACCAUAUAUAGAUAGGAAUUGUGUGAAAACUAGCCCUAUUCACCAACGUCCUCAAAUGUAAAGGACAAUUCUCUGUGUGUUUUAACUGUACACCAGUCCUCCCCCACUGACUUAUUGCUCUGUUGUUGUAGUAGUUCCUGAAGGAUCACCAGCAGGGGGCUCCACCACCCAGCAGAGUCACAGCACCACCUCCAGUCUGCCUCCACCCCCUCACUCCUCCUCCUCUGCUGCUACCCACCUCCCCCCGCCACCGGGGGGCGACACCGAGGACGACGAGGGCAUGAAGCACCUGCAACAGGUACGAACACUACUAGUCUGGGGGCUGGUUUCCCAGACACAUAUGAAGCCCUCGACCAAAAAGCACCUUCAAUUGAGAAUCUCCUUUUUGGUUUGGUGUAUGACAACGGAUCGUCUGAAACACUCCGGUCUCAGUAUGUAGUAAUAUUAGAGGAAACAUUGGUAAGAGUUCAGCCCAGAUAAGUAUUGUACAUGUAGUGUCUUCCUCUGUAUGCAGGAGGCAGAGAAGAUGGUGGCGUCCCUGCAGGACACGUCUCUAGAGGAGGAGGAGUGUUUUACCCAGACUCUGCAGGAGAGAAGAAACACAGCCUCCGCCCUGCCCCUCUCCCACGACGCAGCCAUGAAGUGGUUCUACAAGGACCCACAGGCAGAGAUCCAGGGUACACACACACACACAGUCGCAACAUAUAUACACACUUGCACGUAGGCCAAAUGUGGGGAGACACACACAAUCACAUGUACACAUACAAACCCAUACAUACCAGUGGAGGCUGCUGAGGGGAGGACGGCUCACAAUAAUGGCUGGAACGGAGCCAUUGUAAUGGCAUCAAACACGUUUUUUUAUAUUUGAUACCAUUCCGCUCUAGCCAUUACCACGAGCCCAUCCUCCCCAAUUAAGGUGUCACCAACCUCUUGUGAUACACACACACACACACACACAGGACGUUUCAGAUACCCUAGGCAACAACUUGUACCUCUCAACUGUCUACCAUCUCAUAACAUCCUCCCUCUCUGCCUCUUUUCUCCUAUACCUUAUUUUUGUGUCACUACUCUCCCUCUCCCUUCUCUCCCCUGUAGGUCCGUUCACCACCCUGGAGAUGUGUGAGUGGUUCCAGGCGGGCUACUUCUCCAUGUCUCUGCUGGUAAAGAGGGGCUGCGACGAGGGCUUCCAGCCGCUGGGCGACGUCAUCAAGAUGUGGGGGCGCGUGCCUUUCGCCCCCGGGCCCUCCCCGCCGCCCCUGCUGGUGAGACCUCCACCACCGCGCCCUCAGCCGCUGCCACCCCGGGGUCCUGCUGUGAGUGAGGUAGCUGGGGAUAGGGUGGGGGGAUGGGAGGAUGGUAUGUGGAGUUUGCUGGAGGGGUAACAAAAGUAGUAGUGUUAUUCUGUCUUGCUGAUGUUUAUGGCGUGGUGUGUGUGUGGAAUGUAGAGUAUUCCAGAUGUAUUAUCUUAAAUGCCACAUGUUUUUUUUGUUUGUUCUACGACUACUGUCUAGAGUAGUGCUCAAUGCUCUAGUGUCUACUUAUUUAUAGUGUAGUAAUCUAUUGUUGUAUUUGUACAAUAGAAGUUGAUGUAAUCAGAUCAAAUUUAUUUAUAAAGCCCUUUUUACAUCAGCAGAUGUCACAAAGUGCUUAUACAGAAACCCAGCCUAAAACCCCAAACAGCAAGCAAUGCAGCAGGUCCGGGACAAGGUAGAACGUCCGGUAAACAGGUCAGGGUUCCAAAGCCGCAGGCAGAGCAGUUCAAACUGGAGCAGCAGCACGACCAGGUGGACUAUGGGCAGCCAGGAGUCAUCAGGCCAGGUAGUCCUGAGGCAUGGUCGUAGGGCACAGAUCCUCUGGGAGGGAGAGAGAAUUAGAGGGAGCAUACUUCAAUUCACACAGGACACCAGAUAAGACAGGAGAAUUACACCAGAUAUAACAGACUGACCCUAGCCCCCCCGGCACAUAGACUACUGCAGCAUAGAUACUGGAGGCUAAAAAUGGUAGGGUUUGCUCUUGCUGUGUUUUAUGAGAUGUGUGUGUGUGUGUGUGUGUGUGUGUGUGUGUGUGUGUGGACAUUGAGCUGUUCAUGUAGCCUGUAUGUAUCUCCUAUGUGUGUGAUUGUUCCUGUAUUUGUCCUGUGUGUUCCUCUCAGGGUAACAUGGAUCAGGAUCGUCUGAAGAAGCAGCAGCAACAGGACUUGGCAGCAGCAACCCUCUAUCAACAGCUCCAACAGCAGCAGCAGCUAUUCCAGCUCAUCAACAGGUACCUAAUAGGAAAAAAUUACACAUUAAGUUUUGUGGAAGAUGGAAUCGAAGUGGAGCCACUUAUCAAAUAAAGAUGUAACAAAAUGAAAAGACUAUAUCAAAAGAAUAAUCUUGCAUCUGAUAUCAGGGGUUGGAACCACAUUUAUUUUCCAAUCGUUUCAUUCUGAAUUAGGCCCACAGAAUUAUACCUACGGAGGAGCGGCUUCUAUGAAUUAACUUUGAAUGUCUUUGAACUUCAGAGAGUUGGACCAGCUAGCUAGCUAGCUAGCUAACAAGCUUGUGUGUGCAGAGCGGAACCAGAAUUUAAAUAAAAACACGUCUUACCUUUUUGUAGUUAAUAAAUCCAAUGUGAAACGUGAUAACUAUAGUAUCCUUAGCUAGCAUUGAAAAGGUUAAUCCAUUCUUCUCUGUAAUAAAAAAUGUAUCUCCCUCAUUUCUGAAUCACGCUUGUUAUGUCAGUAGGCUACUACAAUCGUGGUCAAAAGUUUUGAGAAUGACACAAGUAUUGGUCUUCACAAAGUUCGCUGCUUCAGUGUGAUGAGAUAUUUUUGUCAGAUGUUACUAUGGUAUACUGAAGUAUAAUUACAAGCAUUCCAUAAGUGUCAAAGGCUUUUAUUGACAAUUACAUAAAGUUUAUGCAAAGACUCAAUAUUUGCAGUGUUGACCCUUCUUUUUCAAGACCUCUGCAAUCUGCCCUGGCAUGCUGUCAAUUAACUUCUGGGCCACAUCCUGACUGAUGACAGCCCAUUCUUGCAUAAUCAAUGCUUGGAGUUUGUCAGAAUUUGUGGGGUUUUGUUUUUGAGGAUCGUCCACAAAUUCUCAAUGGGAUUAAGGUCUGGGGAGUUUCCUGGCCAUGGACCCAAAAUGUUGAUGUAUUGUUCCCCGAGCCACUUAGUUAUCACUUUUGCCUUAUGGCAAGGUGCUCCAUCAUGCUGGAAAAGGCAUUGGUCGUCACCAAACUGUUCUUGGAUGGUUGGGAGAAGUUGCUCUCCAAGGAUGUGUUGGUACCAUUCUUUAUUCAUGGCUGUGUUCUUAGGCAAAAUUGUGAGUGAGCCCACUCCCUUGGCUGAGAAGCAACCCCACACAUGAAUGGUCUCAGGAUGCUUUACUGUUGGCAUGACACAGGACUGAUGGUAGCGCUCACCUUGUCUUCUCCGGACAAGCUUUUUUCCGGAUGCCCCAAACAAUCGGAAAGGGGAUUCAUCAGAGAAAAUGACUUUAGCCCAGUCCUCAGCAGUCCAAUCCCUGUACCUUUUGCAGAAUAUCAGUCUGUCCCUGAUGUUUUUCCUGGAGAGAAGUGGCUUCCUCGCUGCCCUUCUUGACACCAGGCCAUCCUCCAAGUCUUCGCCUCACUUUGCGUGCAGAUGCACUCACACCUGUCUGCUGCCAUUCCUGAGCAAGCUCUGCACUGGUGGUGCCCCGAUCCCGCAGCUGAAUCAACUUUAGGAGACGGACCUGGCACUUGAUGGACUUUCUUGGGCGCCCUGAAGCCUUCUUCACAACAAUUGAACCUCUCUCCUUGAAGUUCUUGGAUGAUCCGAUAAAUGGUUGAUUUAGGUGCAAUCUUACUAGCAGCAAUAUCCUUGCCUGUGAAGCCCUUUUUGUGCAAAGCAAUGAUGAUGGCACGUGUUUCCUUGCAGGUAACCAUGGUUAACAGAGGAAGAACAAUGAUUUCAAGCACCACCCUCCUUUUUAAAGCUUCCAGUCUGUUAUUCUAACUCAAUCAGCAUGACAGAGUGAUCUCCAGCCUUGUCCUCAUCAACACUCUCACCUGUGUUAACGAGAGAAUCACUGACAUUAUGUCAGCUGGUCCUUUUGUGGCAGGGCUGAAAUGCAGUGGAAAUGUUUUUUGGGGAUUAAGUUCAUUUUCAUGGCAAAGAGGGACUUUGCAAUUCAUCUGAUCACUCUUCAUGACAUUCUGGAGUAUAUGCAAAUUGCCAUCAUCAAAACUGAGGCAGCAGACUUUGUGAAAAUUAGUAUUUGUGUAAUUCUCAACUUUUGAGCAUGACUGUAGACUAUGCUUUGGAAGGGAAGGGACAAGUUGCCUACGCAAACACACUGGCAAAGAUUUUCAGCAGUCAAGCAGACACUGGAAUACGUUUCUGAGUGACAGAGUGAGGGCUUUGCAUAGGCUAUUUUUGUGGGACUGGAAAAAAAAUGCCCUGAACGGAAAAGAUGUUAUUAAUCUGUUCCCAUGCUUUUAAAAUAACGGUUCUGUUCCGGAACAGUAUAGAUAACUUUCGUUCCUAAUUCUGAUUCCUCAAAUGUCAGUCUUUUCCAGUUUUCGGUUCUGUCCCCUUAACCGGUUCCAACCCCUGUCUGAUAAGCAUUUCCCUUGCAGUUUCCAUGUUUUACAAGUCUCUUGCUUUUCUGUUCUAGGUGUGGAGAGCAGGGUAUGAUGCCUUCAGUGAACAGGUCGAUGUCAGUGCCAGAUACAGGGUCCAUGUGGGACAUGCAUACCUCAGCUUCACAGCAAUCAGGUACACACGCAUACGUAUACAUUCAUCAAUCAAUGUCAGUGCUUGUGAAUUUUUUGCUCACUGCCACAGUAUAGAGUGGGAUGACUUUCCAACAUUCUCUUAUCCCCCCCUCUCUUCUGUCCAUGCAGGCGGUGAAGCCAGUUUAUGGGACUUAACAAUGAAUUCUUCAACUCAGGGUCCAACUCUCGAACAGCUUCAGAAGGUGAGUGCUGGCGCCCUCUGGUUGUGGGAACCUAGUAACACACUGUUGUAGAUUUCCACAUAUGUGACUGACCGCCUCGAUUCUGUCUUAUGUAGAAACAUUUGAAAUGGUGUUUUUUACAUUGGAUAAAAGAGACAGCUAGAAAAUGGUAUAUCAUACACAGCAGUUGAGGAACAAUGGGAAAGUAAAACUGCUUUGAAAGUUGAUAAACUUGUAACCCCACUUUUGAGAAAAUGCUUUUGAAUGUUUUGGUACACCUACUGGAUAUUUCUUCUUUGUCUACAACCAUUCAGUAUCGUUCACACCGUCUUAAGCCUUAGCCACACCCAUCUCUUUAAGGAUCCACAUGUGAGGCCAUGUGCUAAACAGAGUGAGUAGUGUAGUUAACAACCAAAGAUUUAAAGUAGCCUACAAUAAGCGGAAAACUCCAGGUAAAAAUACACUUUAUCUAGUCCUUGGCCUAUAUCCUAAUCUGACUUUGGUGCAGGUCAUGUUGUUCACAUUACAGUCUCUGGUAAACACACACUAUAUCAAAUCAAAUCUAAGUUUAUUUGUCACAUGUACGGGAUACAGAAGGUGUAAAUGGUACAGUGAAAUGGUUACUUACAUAGUAGCAAUAUCAAAAACAGAAAGUGUCCAGAUAAAAAUAUUUUAUAAUUAUUAGAUGACGCUUACCUGACACACUUGUCUAAAUUGAUGGGUCAUGUGAAGGAAAUGCUAUAACCACCCCCCAGGACCAUCUAGCUAAGUGGAUGGGUCACUAUUGUCUAGACAUGUACACAUGUUCAUGAAAUACAAUAGAUGGCCGUAAUCACCCCCAGACACACCUGGCAAACUUGAGUGGAGUCUUUUGUUUAGACAUGUAGCUAGCUAAACAAUGAACCGGCAUAAUCCCAACUCCUACUAUCAAUACAAACAUUGUCAUAGCUGUAGUAUGAAUCUACAAGUAGCUAAAGCUAACCAACUAGGUUCAAUAUUAGCUAGCUAGCAAUGCAAAUGGUUUUCUGAUUUGAAUAAUAUUACUACACAGAUCAUACACGUAACGUUACCUAGUGAGCCAGCAAGCUAACGUUCACUAGCUAGCUAACAGUCUGCUUUUAACUUGCAAUGAAAAUUACUUUCUGACAAAAUGUGAAACUUAGAAUACCGUAUACAUGGAUGAAUGCUUCCCGGCAGACUGGAACCAUUUAACUCAGUUUUGUUUGGCCAGCGUUGUGUCAAGUCACUCUGGUUCACACUGACCGUGGCGUGUGCAGAAAAUAGCCCAUCACUCUUUCCCACUGAUCUGUAUGUAGCGCCUGCUAAGUUCAGGGGCAUCAAUGUUGUUGAGAAAAGUAUCAACUUUUGUAGUUCUCGAUGGCUAACGUUAUAUCUUUCAAAAACGCUGCGGUAGAAAGUACUAUCAACAAAUACUGAGCAGCUCACAUUAUAGACCGAAGCAUGCUACAUGGUAGACCAAUCCAAACUCAUCUCCCGGAAUGUCCAGCCCAUCCAUUAUCUCAGCCAAUCAUGGCUAGCGGGAAGGUUCCCCUCUUUCCGUGGCUAAACCAACUAAGCUUGUAAUUAAACAAUUGUAUUUGUAUUUACAGAUGGAAUACAAGUUUGUUAUGAGGGCACAUGAAAGUUCAUAUGUUCCAGAAGGCAUUUCUGCCAAAAAACGCAUUUUGAAAAAAUAAGUAAAAGACGUUCAAAUGCCUCCUGUGAAGUAGUGAGGUGCAAUAUACGCCUAGUUUCCGGAAAUGGGUCACAUAUAUCAAACUGAGGAUAUCUUUGAACCAAGAGUCUUUCAGUCUCUGAAUUAAGCUGGCAUGUCUACAGUGCAUUGGGAAAGUAUUAAGACCCACAUUUUGACCCACAUUUUGUUACAUUACAGCCUUAUUCUAAAAUUGAUUAAAUAAAACUGUUGAGGAAUUAAUCUACACACACGAUGAUGACGAAGCAAAAACAGGUUUUUAGAAAUUUUAGCAAAUUAAUUACAAAUAAAUAACAGAAAUACCUUAUUUACAUAAGUAUUCAGACCCUUUGCUAUGAGACUCGAAAUUGAGCUCAGGUGCAUCCUGUUUCCAUUUAUCAUCCUUGAGAUGUUUCUACAGCUUGAUUGGAUUCCACCUGUGGCAAAUGUAAUUGAUUGGACAUGAUUUGGAAAGGCACACACCUGUCUAUAAAAGAUCCCACAGUUAACAGUGCAUGUCAGAGCAAAAACCAAGCCAUGAGGUCGAAGGAAUUGUCCGUAGAGCUCCGAGACAGGAUUGUGUCGAGGCACAGAUCUGGGGAAGGGUACCAAAAAAUGUCUGCAGCAUUGAAGGUCCCCAAGAACACAGUGGCCUCCAUUAUUCUUAAAUGGAAGAAGUUUGGAACCACCAAGACUCUACCUAGAGCUGGCCGUCCAGCCAAACUGAGCGAUCGGGGGAGAAGGGCCUUGGUCAGGGAGGUGACCAAGAACCCGAUGGUCACUCUGACAGAGCUCCAGAGUUCCUCUGUGGAGAUGGGAGAACCUUCCAUAAGGACAACCAUCUCUACAGCACUCCACCAAUCAGGCCUUUAUGGUAGAGUGGCCAGAUGGAAGCCACUCCUCAGUAAAAGGCACAUGACAGCCCGCUUGGAGUUUGCCAAAUGGCACCUAAAGGACUCUCAGACCAUGAGAAACAAGAUUCUCUGGUCUGAUGAAACCAAGAUUGAACUCUUUAGCCUGGAUGCCAAGAGUCACGUCUGGAGGAAACCUGGCACCAUCCCUACGAUGAAGCCUGGUGGUGGAAGCAUCAUGCUGUGGGGAUGUUUUUCAGCGGCAGAGACUGAGAGACUAGUCAGGAUCGAGGGAAAGAUGAACAGAGCAAAGUACAGAGAGAUCCUUGAUGAAAACAUGCUCCAGAGCGCUCAGGACCUCAGACUGGAGCGACGGUUCACCUUCCAACAGGACAAUGACCCUAAGCACACAGCCAAGACAAAGCAGGAGUGGCUUCAGGACAAGUCUCUGAAUGUCCAUGAGUGGCCCAGCCAGAGCCCGGACUUGAACCCGAUCGAACAUCUCUGGAGAGAUCUGAAAAUAGCUGUGCAGCAACGCUCUCCAUCCAACCUGACAGAGCUUAAGAGAAUCUGCAGAGCAGAAUGGGAGAAACUCCCCAAAUACAUGUGGGCCAAGGUUGUAGCAUCAUACCCAAGAAGACUCAAGGCUGUAAUCACUGCCAAAGGUGCUUCAACAAAGUACUGAGUAAAGGGUCUGAAUACUUAUGUAAAUGUGAUAUUUCAGUUUUGUAUUAGUAAUACAUUUGCAAACAUUUCUACAAACCUGUUUUUGCUUUGUCAUUAUGGGGCAUUGUGUGUAGAUUGAAGGGGGAAAAAACAAUUUAAUCCAAUCCAAGGCUGUAACGUAACAGUGGAAAAAGUCAAGGGGUCUGAAUACUUUCCGACUGCACUGUAUAUUCUGGCCCUUUUCUCAAACCUUUUUACAUUAUGGAUAAUUUUUCCAUGGAAAGCCUAACAAACAAAAAUGUGUUGAAACCACUAGAUCAAUACAGACUGAGCUGUCUUCCACAUUGACCCCUGACCUCUGACCCCUAUGGCAGCUCCAGCAGGAGAGGAGGGAGGCUGAACUCAGGACGAAGCGCGAAGAGGAGGAGCAGCGCAAGAGGAGAGAGGAGAAAAGGAGGCAGCAGGAGGAGCAGAAGAGGAGGGAGGAGGAGGAGAUCUUCAGACGCAAACAGGUGAGUACAAAGAUGGAGCUGGUGAAAUGGGAAGAUUUUUAUUGGCUUUUUAUUGAAAUGUGUGUUUUGUGUCUUGAUAGUGUGUGUUCAGUUAUUUGCACUGUUGGCUAGUUCGAUAACUGUCUGUAUGAGUGUGGUUGUGUGUGUAUGCUGUGUUGCAUUAUACCCCACACACACAUCAGCAUGUCUGUGUAUCUUUGUUUCCAUCCUAUCUUGCACAUACCCUCAUACUGUGUAUGUGUGUGUCUCCCCCUCUCCUCCAGUGUCGCCAGCAGCAAGAGCUGAUCAUGAAGCUCCUUCAGCAGGCCCCCCAGCAGGGCUCAGGCUCCGGGGUGGGGUCUGGCUGGGGCACUGGGGGCCUCAACAAGCCAGGGGCCAAGGGCCUCAGUCUGCUGGACAUGCAGGAGGCCGAGAGGGUUCUCAAACAGCAGCAGAGAGCCCAGCAGCAACAGAGGGAACGCGUGAGUAGUUACUAAAACACACACACAGAAAAGACCACAAAGGAGUAUAAUAGCAUAUGCACACAUGUAAAGUGUUCUUCAGAAUUUCUUGGAUUCACUCGGCUUGUGAAAGACUACUCGAAUAGCAAGCGAUAGACUGUGCAAGCACAGACAUGUCAUCCACAAUUGGGACGAAUGAGACCGAGUGCUGACACUCACAAUGAGAGGCUGUGGAAAUGCUUACAGUGCAUUAUGAUGCUUUGUUGGUCCCCUGUCCACUCUGUUCUAAUAUUGUUGUUUGAUUUCCGCUCUCUCUCUCUCCUCAGCAUCAAGGCCUGUCCAUGGGGGGUUCCUCCAUGGGUCAGUGGGGGGACGGAGGUGCUGUCCCAGGGGGCCUGUGGGGAGGCGGGGGGGGGAUGGAGGGUAAGACUGGGGGCGGAGGAGGGUCCGGAGGGGGCAUGGGUCUGUGGGAGGAGGCGGUGAAGAACCAGUCCAGAAGCGGCAGCAUGCAGGGUCUGAAGAACAGCCGCAGCAGCCCGUCACUCAGGUAGAUGUACACAACACAUCUAAGUAGAUCUCUCACAAUACAUGCACCCGAAAGCCUCGAUCUCCCUUUGUCUAACUCUCCCUCUUUCUCUCCCUGUCUAUCCUAGUUGCUCCCCCCCUCCCGUAAACUUUCUCCAACUCGAUCUAUAUUCAAACUCUCACUGAGUUUUUGUGUGCGCUUUAAUGUCUCUCCUUGAGUGCUGUGUGUAUUUAAAUACCCCCUCUCUCUGUCCUUGUGAGCAUUAAAUGGUUUAUGUGACUGUCGGCACAUUUGCGUGUGUAUUUAACCCAUCCCCCCCCCCCCUGUAGUGAGCAGUAUAUGUUGAGCCGUAGGAAGCAGCGUACGGAGGAGGAGGACAAGCUGCUGAAACUGCUGCAGGGCAUCAAGACGCCUCAGGACGGAUUCACCACCUGGUGUGAACAGAUGCUGCAUGCCCUCAACACCCAAGCCAACAACACCUCCUCCCCACUGGACGGUAAGAACGGUGACCUCCUUCUGUUAUUCCCUCCUCCUCCUCCUAACCCUCAACACCACCUCACUGGAUGUUAAGACACAGUCACCUCCCUCCGUCACUCCCUAUCACCCAAGCCUACAAGUCCUCCUCCCCACUGGACGGUAAAAUACACCUCCUUCUGUAACUCCACUUAGCUCUUCCAAUGCUUUCACAACUUCUCCUCUCCUCUGGACUUGAACUCUUCCACCCUUCCACUCCUUUUCCCCUUAGACCAUCACCUCCUAACCCUCAACCCCUCCUAACCCUAACCGUCCUCCUCUUCACUUGAUGGAAACACUCUCAACCCUUCAGUCUUUCACCACUCCUCUCCCUCACUCUCUAAAUCCCCCUAACUCUUAUCUACAUGACUUUUGCCUUUGUCCAUAAUACUUUUUGGUAACACUUUACUUGACAUCCAGUGUCAUAACACGUUAUGAUAUUCAGAACCAUGUCAUAACAGCUGACAUAACUUGUCAUAACCUGUUAUAACACUGUCAUGACACAUAUUUAGACCUGUUGUGACAUAUAUUGCGUUAUUUUAUGGCUGGUUAUGACACUGACAUAAGUGUCAACACCCAUAAAACCUACCACACAAGGCAAAACAUUCCAUUACAACCAUAGCCUACGUGUCAACAGUAUGUUUAUGUUAUUUAAAAAAUGGACCAUAUUAAAUUAUCAUUGUAAUUGCGCACACAUUGAUGUUAGACAUGCACCUACCCCAAUGUGCUGAUGCUGAUGACUGGGAUGAAUGCAGGAGCAGAUUUCAGGAGCAGGACAAGACUCUUUUUGACUGAUGACUGAUAUAAGGGCCUGUACGUGAUAGGUCUAUCUGGCUUAUAUGAUAAAGAUGGUCAUAAUGCUUCUUGACAGCGUCAUAAAGUGUGUUUUUACAAGUUGUUUAAAAUAUGAUGAAAAAAACAUGACUGUAAAGAAUUCAUUACAACAACAAAGGAUUUAAGAAAUUAACUUUCAAACGAAAGGGAACUUCUUGGCAGGGGAAAAAUGAAUUUGAAUAAAUGUGGGUUUUGACACUUAUGUAGGUGUCAUAACCAGGCAUAAAAUAACGCAAUAAAUGUCACGAGGUAUAAAUAUAUGGGUCAUGACAGUGUUAUGACCAUAUUAUGACAGGUUUUGACAAGUUAUGUCAGCUGUUCUGACGUAUUGUGACAUGGAUAUGACCGUUUCGUAAUGUGUUAUGACACUGGGUGUCAAGUAAAGUGUUACCUACUUUUCUUUCUCUCUCACCUGUCUCUCAUAUCUGUUCUAAUCUGUAUCAGCAUGUGUGUGUUUACAGUGUCCACCAUCGUGGCGUACCUGAAGGAGGUAGAGUCUCCAUACGAGGUGUUGGACUUUAUCUGCUCCUACCUGGGAGACACUAUGGAAGCCAAAGUGUUCGCCAAGCAGUUCCUGGAGCGCCGUGCCAAACAGAAACAGAACCAGAAGAGGCAGCAGGAGCAGGUGUGUGUUUUGUCUGUCUGUCUCAGAUGGAGUGUUAUGAUGAUGAGUGUGUCCGUGGUUCAAGUAUGUUAGUUUGUGUGCGUCGUUCAGACAGGGCAGGGCACACACACCCGUCAUCGCACUAUCUCAGUGCAUAUCAUGUUAUUUUAGUUGAUCUUCUACCGUCCUCUCUCCACUUAGCUAUCAAAGGAAGUAGCAGGGCUGACCAUGAACAACUUCCCUCUGCAGGUAAGACCUUUCUCUCACCUGUCUCUCUGCUACGACUGGGCACAGUGGACAAAAAUCUAGGUCCUUGAUUCCUCACGUCCUCUCACCUCUUUCUCAAAACGUAUUGGAGGAGAAGAGAUGGGAACAAGUAGAGAGGAUGCGAGGAAUCAAGGAAAGACUCCCAGUGUCUCUUUCCUCUCUGUACCUCACUGGAUAUCUCCUAAUUCCUCUUCUCCAGGACUCCAUGCGGGGGGUGAACCCCAGCGCCCUGCAGUCCGUGUUCCAGGCGGCCCACAUGGCUAAGGGAGGGAUGUACGACGCCCAGGGGGGCAUGAAGAAGAAGAAACAACCCGUGAUGCUGCAGUCUGACCCCAGCAUCCUAGGUAAGACAUGUCCUCCUCAACUCAUUUACACUUACGACUUAUUGCACACUUGUUACAAAUGUAUCAAUUCACAAUGUAUUACCGGAGUAUGAUCUGUGACCACCCAGCUCUGGGAAAACUCUGCAAACCUGCCUGGUGGAUGUUCUCUUCAGCUGCUCAUAGAUCUUGGUCGUAACUGAUUGAAUUGCUCUAUGCCUUCUCUAAAUUGCUGUCUCCUGCAUCCACCUCUACCCCCGCCUUUUCCAUCCUCCUCCUUUUCUCUUUCUCUCUCCCCUCCUCUCCAGGCUACUCAUUCCACAACGCGGGCGAGCGUCUGAGCCUGACUGAGAUGGAGAUGGUGGAGGAUUACUGA